UAUUUCAGUGAAGUCACAGAACUCAUUUUGCCUGAGGAUGAGCAUGGAUUUUAGGGCAGGCGUGGAAGCCCAGAGCAUCGUAGGAGACUCGUCCUGUGGUAAGCCCCCAGGUUCCCUAGAUGACAAGCAUUCCUUUUCCUGCCUGAAGAUCAUCUGUGGGAACCUUGGCCAUGGCGUCGACCUCAGAGCCUGUUACAUUCAGAGAGUUCUGCCCUUUGUACUAUCUGCUCAACGCCAUUCCCACCAAGAUCCAGAAGGGCUUCCGCUCAGUCGUGGUCUACCUCACGGCCCUCGAUGCCAACGGGGACUACAUCGCGGUGGGCAGCAGCAUCGGCAUGCUCUACCUGUACUGCCGGCGGCUCAGCCAGAUGAGGAAGUACAACUUCGAGGGGAAGAUGGAGGCUAUCACUGUGGUGAAGUUGCUGAGCUGUUUUGAUGACCUCGUGGCAGCAGGCACAGCCUCUGGGAGGGUUGCAGUUUUUCAACUUGUGUCCUCAUUGCCAGGGAGAAAUAAACAGCUUCGGAGAUUUGAUGUCACUGGUAUUCACAAAAAUAGCAUUACAGCUCUGGCUUGGAGCCCCAAUGGAAUGAAAUUGUUCUCUGGAGAUGACAAAGGGAAAAUUGUCUAUUCUUCUCUGGAUCUAGACCAGGGUGUCUGUAACUCACACUUGGUGUUAGAAGAACCAUCUUCCAUUGUGCAGCUGGAUUACAGCCAGAAAGUGCUGCUUGUCUCUACUUUGCAAAGAAGUCUGCUGUUUUACACUGAAGAGAAGUUCGUAAAGCAGAUUGGAACACAACCAAGGAAAAGUUCUGGGAAAUUCGGUGCUUGUUUUGUACCAGGACUCUGUAAGCAAAGCGACCUAACCUUGUAUGCAUCACGGCCUGGGCUUCGGCUGUGGAAGGCUGAUGCCCGUGGGACCGUCCAAGCCACAUUCAUCCUCAAAGACGUGUUUGCUGGGGGUGUUAAGCCCUUUGAACUGUACCCACGUGUGGAGCCCUCUAACAGCCAGAGUUGCAGCUUACCGGAGAAACACCUGGGGCUUGUCUCAUGUUUCUUUCAAGAAGGCUGGGUGCUGAGUUGGAAUGAAUAUAGUAUCUACCUUCUGGACACCGUCAGUCAGGCCACAGUUGCCGGUUUGGAAGGAUCAGGUGACAUUGUGUCUGUUUCCUGCACAGAAAAUGAAAUAUUCUUCUUAAAGGGAGAUAGGAACAUUAUAAGGAUCGCGAGCAGGCCUGAGGGCCUAGCAUCAACAGUGAGAGACGGCCUAGAGGCGUCGGGAUGUGCAGAGCAAGUCCAUGUGCAGCGUGUGGAGACUCCACCGGGGGCCUCGGUUUCUGAGACGAGGCUCCGGGCCACCCCCGGGGCGGGGGAGCCGAGGAGUCGGAGUAGUUCGCUCAACUCCACCGACAGUGGCUCCGGGCUCCUGCUGCUCGGGCUCCAGGCAGCCCCUGAGGUGGGCAAAGGCAGUCAGCCCUCUACGCAGAGAUUCAGCACCAUCAGCUCGGAAGACUUCGACCAGGAGCUCGUCGUGAAGCCUAUCAAAGUGAAGAGGAGGAGGAGGAGGAGGAGGACAGAAGGCAGAAGCAGGAGUGCCUGUCCCAGUUCCCUGGAGUCAACACCCUGCUCUGAGUGUCCUGGUGGCAGCCCCCAGUCCUUGACCACAGACCUGCUAUCCAUGACCUCAAGUAUCCUGGGCAGUAGUGUGGAUCAGCUGAGCACAGAGUCUCCUGACCAGGAGAGCAACCUCAGUGGCGAGGUGAAUGGCAUCUCGCAGGAAAACGGCAAUCCUGAGACAUUUAGUGUCCUGGAGGAGUCUGAACCAGCCCCUGAUGGACUGGACGAAGAAAACGGUAGUAGAACUGAAGUCCCCCAACAUGAGCGUGCACGUGAGCUGGAGCCACCCCGCGAGCUGUCAGAUGUCCCUUUGCCCCCCGAGGGAGCCGUGGAAGGUAGUGAUGCCGCAGGACCUGCAGAGGAGCCUUGUCCUGUGGACGAUAGGCCGAGUAGCAAACAGUUACCCUCCUGGGAGCAGGGCGGCUCUGUGGAGACACAGGAGGUGGAGGACACAGAGACUGGGGACCCCCAGAGCACGUUUUCCGAAGCCCCACUCCUGGAGACACUCCUGGUGCCUUGUGGUCUCAGCGGGGCCCUGCGUGCUGAACAGUGGCUGCCUGGGGCCACAGAGGGUGGAGGCAGUGCUGAGGAGCCCCGCAAAGAGCAAGGCGCCCUCACCGGCAUGGAGGCUCCUGGCUCGGAUUCCUGGCAUGCUGUCAGUGACGAUGACGCAGGUCACAAAGAAGCGUUCACUUCCGAAUGUGACUUGGGGAGUGAGAGGAGACAGCUAGAUCUGGUCUCUGCCUUGGCAGCCAGCGCCCACAGGCCUUGGCCUGAGCAGCCUUCUGGGGACCCGGUGCUGACGUCCAGUGACGAGGAGGACAUCUAUGCCCAUGGGCUCCCAUCGUCAUCCUCAGAGACGAGUGUGACCGAGCUCAGAGCUAGCCGCUCCCCCCAGGACCAGAGCCAGCCAGGGGCAGGUGACACCGGACUUCUCAAGUCAGACCAGUUUGCAGAGAGCUGGAUGGGCUACUCGGGCCCCGGCUAUGGCAUCCUCAGCUUGGUGGUCUCCGAGAAAUAUGUCUGGUGCCUGGACUACAAAGGCGGCCUGUUCUGCAGCGCGUUGCCAGGCGCUGGGCUGCGCUGGCAGAAGUUUGAAGAUGCUGUCCAGCAGGUGGCGGUGUCCCCUUCAGGAGCCCUUCUCUGGAAGAUUGAACAGAAGUCUAACCGAGCUUUCGCUUGCGGGAAGGUUACCAUCAAGGGGAAGCGGCACUGGUACGAAGCCCUGCCCCAGGCCACGUUCGUGGCCCUGAGCGAAGACUCGGCCUGGGUCAUCAGGACCAAUGGCGACCUGUACCUGCAGACAGGUCUCAGUGUGGACCGCCCCUGUGCCAGAGCCGUCAGAGUCGACUGUCCUUGUCCACUGUCCCAGAUCACAGCCCGCGACAGUGUGGUAUGGGCGCUGACGGAGCAGCGGGCUCUCCUAUACCGGGAGGGCGUGAGCAGCUUCUGCCCAGAAGGCGAGCAGUGGAAGUGGGACAUCGUCAGUGAACGGCAAGCGCUGGAGCCUGUCUGCAUAACUCUUGGGGAUCAGCACACUCUCUGGGCCCUGGACAUCCACGGGAACCUGUGGUUCAGGACCGGCGUAGUGUCCAAGAAGCCCCAUGGAGACGAUGACCACUGGUGGCAGGUGAGCGUCACGGACUACGUGGUGUUUGACCAGUGCAGCCUAUUCCAGACCAUAAUCCAUGCCACGCACUCUGUGGCCACAGCAGCUCAGGCGCCUGUAGAAAAGGUGGCAGAUAAGCUGCGCAUGGCAUUUUGGUCUCAGCAGCUUCAGUGCCAGCCGAGCCUCCUGGGGGUCAAUAACAGCGGCGUCUGGAUCUCCUCAGGCAAGAAUGAGCUCCAUGUCGCUAAAGGAAGUCUCGUAGGUACUUACUGGAAUAAUGUUGUUCCCCGUGGGACAGCUUCUGCGACAAAGUGGGCCUUUGUGCUGGCUUCUGCUGCUCCCUCGAAGGAAGGAAGCUCUCUGUGGCUGUGUCAGAGCAGCAAGGACCUGUACAGCGUCAGCGCCCGGAGCGCACAGUCGCGCCCCUCCACGGUACAGCUGCCCCCUGAGGCCGAGAUGAGGGCCUACACUGCCUGCCAGGACGCACUGUGGGCCUUGGACAGCCGGGGCCAGGUGUUCAUCAGGACGCUGUCCAAGAGCUGCCCGGCGGGCAUGCACUGGACCAAGUUGGACCUUUCCCAGCUAGGAGCUGUACAGCUGACCAGCCUGGCAUGUGGGAAUCAGCACGUCUGGGCCUGCGACUCCAGGGGUGGGGUUUACUUCCGUGUAGGAACCCAGCCUCUAAAUCCCAGUCUGAUGCUUCCAGCCUGGAUAACCAUCGAGCCACCAGUGCAGCCGGCCGGGAUCUCCUUGGUCAGCGUCCAUUCCAGCCCCAACGACCAGAUGCUGUGGGCACUUGACAGCAGGUGGAACGUGCAUGUCCGUGUGGGGAUCACUGAGGAGAUGCCUGUGGGCACUGACUGGGAGCAUGUGCCAGGGUUGCAGGCCUGCCAGCUGGCGCUGAGCACCAGGACCGUGUGGGCCCGCUGUCCAAACGGUGACCUUGCCCGACGGUAUGGCAUCACAGACAAAAACCCCGCUGGAGACUACUGGAAGAAAAUUCCCGGAAAUGCAUCAUGCUUCACAGUGACUUCCUCAGAUGAACUGUGGGCAGUGGGUCCCCCCGGCGCCCUCCUCCAGCGGUUGACGAAGACCUUCAGCCACUCACAGAGUACCCAGAUGAGCAGCCAGGCACCCUCUCACGUGGAGGACCUGGAGGAUGAGUGGGAGGUCAUCUGAAGGAGCCCUGAGCCAGAAGCACUCAGGAAGUAGGAAGUACGACCUCUGUGCUGGACACAGGUGACCUCUGCGUCGCUUGCUGAGGAUGCACCUCCUGGAUCCUUGUCCAGAUGCACCGGCCAGGUUGGACCCCCCACAGUUCCUUCCAUCCGUGUUUGUUACGUCAUCCUAGAGCCUUCAGCCUCCGCCGGGUGGCUGUGGCUGUGGCUGUAGCAGCAGCACCUUCAAAGUCUUGCCACCAUCUCCAGGUGGGGACAGUGUAGUCACCUGUUGCAUGCACACACAUUCCCAUGCUCUGCAGCCGUGUCCUCAGCAACAGCUGCAGGCCCCACUGGGAGGGACGUGGGGAUCCUCUGUGGCAGGAAGUCCAAGCCAGAUGCAGGGGACACACCUGAGGCACCACAGGUGCCCGGUCACCAGGACCAUUUCCACAUCACUAUCCAAGAAAGCUGGUGCCGAGGGGGUGCUCCGCCUCAGUGGACGUGCUCGGAAAUGGCUCCAGCUGCCGAGGCCUCCCGCUCCUCUCAGAUCAGGCGCCAGUGCACAUCCCAUGCUGGACACCCAGGUGGGAGCCAGGCUAUGUCUCAGAUGUGGGGUGCCAGGGCGGACGGCACACACACACACACACCACACCACACCCCCGCCAGCAUCCAGGGCAGGCUGCCUGCCCCCGCAGAACACGCUUCAGCCACAGCAGGAAAGGCCGGCGAUGCCGACCGCACAGGAGGGCGUCUGUGUUGGGGCGGUGGCACAGGGUGGUGCCUCGGGGCACAGGAGCUCGGCCCAGGGCUGCCUCAGACUGGGAGGGACUUGUAGCUCAGGCUGCUGUGGACGUCGGGAACCAGGCACACCCUCGAGGAGGGCUCUACUAAUUAUUGCCUUUUCUGUUUGUUGUAUUACAAACCUGCAAGAUACCUCAUUUGAAAUCAGUCUUACAGAUUUGGAGAUGUAUUUUCUGAAGAGAGCGGAAGGCCUUUUGUUUCUUCCCAUGGUGUAUGCUGAGCCAUCCUGCCCCCCCUGUGGCUCCAGAGGAGGGGGUAUCCCCAGCAUGUCCCCCAUGUAGGCUGCUCGCUGCUGGCGCUCCAGGUUGGUACCCAGCAGGUGGAAACCAGCAUCUGCUGUCGGGCAGCAGUCCAUGGGGCCACGGCAGUGCCCACUCUCCCACUGGCCUCGGCUUUAAGAGCAGGCUGCCUGGCCCAUCCCGCACCUGCUGUCCUCCCCUCCUGGCAGCAGCUCCAGGACAGGACUCCAGGCUGGCUGCUGUUUUUAGCCUCCUCUGGCCCCACCCAGGCACUCACUGCCUGUUUUCCACUGAGUGAGUGUCAAGGAGCUCCCAGGCCACAGGUGUGAGCCAUAAAACAGGUUCUCGGACAGGGCCUGGCCCGCCGAGAAGGUGGAGGGCUUCCAGGUCUAAGCGGGGUGAGUUGCUAACAUCCCUGCUAUUACUUUGCACUACACUUCUGGAUCCCGGUUUUUAGAAGUUCGGUGGCAGCAGAGGCAUUGCCGGCUGGGUGCUCCUCUCCUGCCUACGUCGCGCCUUGCCCGGCUCCCCCUGGAUGGCGAAGCUCUCCCAGACCCAUGGAACUCGAGUGCAAUUAAACCCACGUUGGUACUGGGACCUACUCUGAGCUUCAGUGCUUUGUACAACUUCCCUUCUGGUUUCAAUCCGCAGUUGUGCUUAGAGACAGUGCAAUAAGGUAGACUUCUGAGCUGUGAGGUGGCCUCAGCGAUGCCCGGGGGCUGCGUGCCCCCUGCCCGGAGAACCAGCUCCUGACCUAGCCCAGGUGACCCUCAGUGGGGAGUGGCCCCCCUGGAGUUGGACACACCCCAUGGUAGCCCUGGGAGACGUCCUGAGGCGAGGCGGCAUGUGGGCAGGCUUUGCAGGCGACCUGUUCCUGGGUCUGUGUCCUGCUGACAGACAGAGCCACGUACCAGAAAGUCUUUCCUGGAAAGUAACACGCACAGGGUCACAUCCUGGACAGGGCUCUGUGAAGCAGGCAGCCACCUGGGCAGAAAACAGCCUCAGGGCGAGAAUUAGCGAGGCCAUGCAGUGGACAAAGGAAACGUGCACCCAGGGAACUCCUUCCUGCUCGUGGGUAGGAGACCGACAGCCUGCAGACUCGGUCUUUCCAGAGGGACGUACAGGCUUAACUCAGUUUCAGUCAGAACGGAAGCAGGGGCAAACUCACGAAAUAACAUUAGUGCCCACAGACAGCUCCUGGCUACCAGCAUUCUCCAGGCUCUCAGAGCUUCACGUCCCUUUACAAGAGCCCUUGAGGUAGCCCCAUGAGACUCGGAGUGCUCAAGUGUCCUUGCUCGAGGGCACACAGGAUUGAGGCCAAGGGUGCCCAGGGAGCUAGCACAGUGAUGGAGGUGUUGCAGGUGUGGGGAAGCAGGAAGGAGGGUCUCCCAGCUGGGGUAGCCACUGCUCGGUAGUGGGCAAAGCAGUAAUAAAUGGCUUAAGGAACCCCCAACUAGGGAGGAGCGCGAUGUGAUUUCGGGGCAGUGUGGGCUCUGCGCUCAGAAGCUGUGGGCAAAGCCACAGAGGAAGAUCAGACAUAAAGUUAGAAAAGGAAAUAAUUGCAACAGACGUGACACUGAUGCCCAGUAACUACCUUAGAACCACAUACAGGCGGGACCUAAGACUCAAGGCAAAGGAGGUGAGGCCUGGGACAGAGGCAAAAAGACCACGAGUCCCAGAGGGGUGCUCCGUCCACCACCAGAGUGCCACGCACAGCCCUGUGGGCGAGGCCUGCAGCGCUCACGCCACAGCCCCACCCCAGAAGUCAGGACCAGCCCUGGGGUGGGGGCAGUGUACACUCAGCCUUGUUGGUUGGGAAGUGUGGAAAGCACCCUGCCAUCUGGGAAGGGCGACAUCGCACGAGCACCCUCCUCUUGUACACAGCUAUAACAAAGCACGUGUGUGGAGACGGCCGUGGCCUUGCCCUGCACAUGCGCAUCGAGUCCGUGUGCCAUCCCUUGGGUGUGGUCAUGGUGACGUGGUUUUUGUGGGGAGUCAUUUGCGAAUGAAGGGGGUAGUCUCGACAUUGGGCUGUGGAAGGACUGAGCUUGCCUUACUUCCAGGGGACACAGGCAGGGCAGGAGAGGAGCUCUCACACCGUGACAAGGCUCUGGUCCCAGUGGUGGCCUAUAGUGUGUACUUUUUUGUAUCUUUUAAAUUUUGAGCCAUGUAAAUGUAUUAUUUAUUCCAGAAACAAAUAAAAAUUACAUUUUAGAAACUCAGCUCUAACAUUAACUCUGUACGAUAGCAACACCAGUUGAAUCAAAUGGUCACAAAGUGGGGACCAAAUGGAGGCACAGUGCCAACAGAGGACACUGCGCUGGCCCACGUAGGAAAGGCCUGGGUUCAAGUCAGACCUCCCUGAACGCACUGGACACACACGUGGGGGUGCAUCCUGACGUGUAGACCCAGCUGGGGAGGCUAUGUCUCUGUCCUCUGUCUCUCACUCUUAGAAAUAGCACAAAGUAAGCACAAAGACUUCUUAAAAGCCAUAUUUACAAAAUGUUUUAUAACACCAAGAAUCUCAUGCUCUGUACCAAGGUCAAAAAGACCACAUGGUGUGUGGUCAGAUUUUGUGUCUGUACAACACGAUCCAAAAAAACCCGUAAUAUACUUACAUGUGCACAGAGCCAAUGAAGAAAAGUGCACCAAAAUGCCAGCGGCACUGGUCUGGGUGCCGUGUUGGCAGCUAGCCGGUCCCUUUACUCGCCGGAU